UUAUUAGCUCCAAAAUCAGUUUUAUAAUUGGUUCUGUUGUGUUGUUGUGGUUUAUUUUUUAUUAGAUUGUUGUCUAUUGCUGAAUAUAAAACAAGGUGAGCAGACCCUACGCUGAUGUGUCGGAGUUUUAAAGAAUUCGUUCGUUGUUUUUAAACAUUUUUUAACGUGCUGCUCGUGAACGCAACCCCGAUCAGGCUCACGUUAACCCAGAAGUAGUGGAUUUAGAUUGGACCAUAUUAAACAUCUGGGCUAAAGAACAUGGGAGACGACUUGGGGGACGAGUGGUGGAAACAUGAUGACGGAUCUGAUGUGGAGGAGGAUGAGGAGGUGAAGGAGGAAGAGAAACUCCCAUCAGAGAAGUCCAGCUCAAAGACCAAACCUGGAAAAAGGAAAAAUAUUACGGAGAAAGAAGCCAACGCCAAGAAGAAGAAAAAGAGCGAGCAGCUGGGUCAUCCUGAGGAUGUUCAACAGAAAGAGACUGAGGAUGAAAAGCCAUCUAAACCCAAAAGAAAGCGAAAGAAGAAGAAGAAGACGAUCACUGAUGUCCUGGCCUCCUCUGAGCCUAAACCAGGUCGACCUGCUGACCUUCAGAACCUGCUCACUCAGUUCUUCUCAGACAAACGCUCUGUGAUCGAGCAGGAGGAGCUGAAGCUGGAGGACUCCUGUUUCCUCUCCUGCAACGACCUGACUCACAGCCUCUCCUCUUAUCUGAAACACAUUUGUCCCAAAUGGGCAAAAAUCCGAAAGCAGCACACAGACAGGAGUUCAGUCAUCGUGCUCAUCGUCUGCAGUUCUGCUCUCCGAGCGAUUGAGCUCAUCAAACAGAUGACGACGUUCAAAGGUGACGCCAGAGCAGUCAAGCUGUUUGCAAAACACAUUAAGAUAGAGGAACAGGUGACGCUGUUGCAGAACAACGUCACUCACAUCGGAGUAGGAACUCCAGGCAGGAUCAGUGCACUGAUAGAGAAAGAGGGUUUAACGUUGGGCUCAUUAAAAUACAUCGUUCUGGACUGGAACUGGAGGGACCAGAAGCUCAGGAGGAUGGUGGACAUUCCUGAGAUCAAACUGGACCUGAUGAAGCUGCUGGACGCUGGUCUCCUGCAAGGCUGCAGAGGAGGCCAAGUUAAAAUUGGACUUUUUUAACUGAAGUAAUGUCCACAUGAACAUGUAUCUUUUUUUUUUUUUUUUAACCAUUUUCAAAGGCCACCUCUGUCUGAUCUGUGAAGCCGUUCGACUCAUUGUCCUGGAGCGAGGGCUUGAAUAAACAAGUGCUAAAAAGGAA